GAGAGGAAAAGGAAAUAGCAGACGCAACGCAUGCGCACAGCACAAUGAACAAUUGACAGUAAGGAUUAUUGCCAAGAAAUCUAUUCCGCAAAAUGGGAAAUGAAAAUUCUCUUCCAAUGGAGCUUUGCUCAAACUUUGAUGCAGAUGAAAUCAAAAGACUUGGAAAAAGAUUUAAAAAGCUGGAUUUGGAUAAUUCUGGCUCCUUAAGUGUUGAUGAAUUUAUGACUUUGCCAGAGCUACAACAAAAUCCAUUGGUUCAAAGAGUCAUAGAUAUAUUUGAUACUGAUGGAAAUGGAGAGGUUGAUUUUAAAGAGUUCAUUGAGGGUGUCUCUCAGUUUAGUGUUAGAGGAGACAAGUUAUCCAAGCUGCGAUUUGCAUUCAAGAUCUAUGACAUGGACAAAGAUGGCUAUAUUUCCAAUGGAGAGCUUUUCCAAGUGUUAAAAAUGAUGGUUGGAAAUAAUCUUAAGGAUACUCAAUUACAACAGAUAGUCGAUAAAACUAUCAUUCAUGCUGACACAGAUGGGGAUGGAAAGAUUUCUUUUGAGGAGUUUUGUGCAGUUGUUGGAAACAUGGAUGUUCAUAAAAAGAUGGUUGUAGAUGUUUAGUUUUCACCUCAUACAUAUUUUUUUUAAAUAAUGUAAUUUAUUUCCAUGACAUGUAUUUAUGAAACUUCGAUUUUAUUUGUUAUAUGCAUGUUUGUAUUAAUGGAAUUUUGUCUAUAAUGUAAAUAAACUUUUUUAAAUCUUUCUUCUGCACAUGCAAGUGGAUUACAAUAUAGAAUUUAUGUAAUUAAUAGAUACAGUGCAAUAAGAACCUUGCACUCGCAUUAUAUCAAUGUAUGUUAUGCUGCAUGAUAAGUUUUGAAUUAUGUGUGUUGUUCUGGUUGAAGGACACAAUGAAUACACCGUGUUAAGAACACAUUAUUAUACUAUAUAUAUGUGUGUGUUAUCAAAUGCCAGCACAGGCGCAUGAUGUCAUAUAUUAUUUUCAUAAUAAAAAUAUAUAUUCACCCCCUACUUAAUCAGGUAGGGGUUAUAUUUUUGUAUUAUGAGGAAAAUAUAUAACGCCAGAUGCUUGUGUAUACCAGGUAUAUACAUGUAUUUGUAAAUUGAAUAGAAUUUGAAUCUAUUGGCAAACUUUUAUGAUCUUAUCCAACAUAAAUUUUACUUUAAGAAAUCCAUAACUUAUGUUUUCUCAAAUAAAAUAAUGUUGUUCA